AUGUCUCACUUUUCUCUCUCUCUCUCUCUCUCUCUCUCUCUGUCUAUCUUUUUCUUAAUAUUUCCUUUCCUCUUUCUCAACUUACAACCUUUUCUUUUUCUCUCUUUUUCUUACUUUUUUUUCUCCUUUUGCUCACUACCGCCACAAAUCAUUACCUUUGCUCGAGAUUCUAUUAUUUUUAUUGAUCAAUUCGUUUUUUACGUCUUAUCAACCCAUUUCUGGUUAUCUAUCUAUCUAUCUAUCUAUCUAUCCCAGUCCUGUUCCUUAUCUAUCUAUCUAUCCCAGUCCUGUUCCUUAUCUAUCUAUCUAUCUAUCUAUCUAUCUAUCUAUCUAUCUAUCCCAGGCCUGUUCCUUAUCUAUCUAUCUAUCUAUCUAUCUAUACCAGGCCUGUUCCUUAUCUAUCUAUCUAUCUAUCUAUCUAUCUAUCUCAGGCCUGUUCCUUAUCUAUCUAUCUAUCUAUCUAUCUAUCUAUCUAUCUAUCUAUCUAUCUAUCUCAGGCCUGUUCCUUAUCUAUCUAUCUAUCUAUCUAUCUAUCUAUCUAUCUAUCUAUCUAUCUAUACCAGGCCUGUUCCUUAUCUAUCUAUCUAUCUAUCUAUCUAUCUAUCUAUCUCUUGUUUUUCUACGGCUUUUCAAUCAUUUACAAUUAUUUAA